CUGUGGUAAGGAAAGAUGGAGACCUUCAACUUAACUCUUUUUCCAAGCUCCAGCGACGCUAACAAGACCAACUUCUUCCAAGAUGGUCCGUUCAAACCAGUGGAGUUUGUUCUCAUCGUUCUCGGACUGAGCAUCUUAAGCCUGAUCACAAUCAUUGGCAACGUGCUGGUCAUGCUCUCCAUCAAGGUCAACAGGAACCUCCAGACGGUCAACAACUACUUCCUGUUCAGCCUUGCGUGCGCCGACCUGUUCAUUGGCGUUUUCUCCAUGAAUCUCUACACCGUGUACAUAGUGACCGGUCAUUGGCCUUUAGGAGCUUUGGUGUGUGACCUCUGGUUGGCUCUGGACUAUGUGGUGAGCAAUGCCUCAGUUAUGAACCUUCUCAUCAUCAGCUUUGACCGCUAUUUUUGCGUCACCAAACCUCUCAGUUACCCAGUCAAACGGACCCACAAGAUGGCGGGAAUGAUGAUCGCCGCUGCUUGGAUCCUGUCAUUUGUUCUCUGGGCUCCAGCUAUCCUAUUCUGGCAGUUCAUCACCGGCAGCAGGACGGUUCCUGAGGGCGAGUGCUAUAUCCAGUUUUUCUCCAACGCCGUGGUCACCUUUGGCACUGCUAUCGCCGCUUUUUACUUGCCAGUGGUCACCAUGACCAUCCUCUACUGGCAGAUCUCAAAAGCAAGUCGCAGCCGCGUCAGACGCAGAGACAACCGGAGAGUGUCUAGAGCCAGUAAUGAUGGGGGUCAGGUUGGACCCACGACUGAGAGAGAUGUGGACAGGAAGUCAAUUCAAGGCGGAGAGGAAAUGGUUUCACGUAAGCAGAGUGCUUCAGAUGCCACAACAGGCAAGUGUGUCAGUGGAGAAGAGCGGGACAGUGAGAAUGACUCUAUAUCUGGAAGUGUGCUUGCAUCAUCAAAUCAGCGGGAUGACGAGGCCGUAUCCAUAAGCACCAACGGUGACAUCAGAGCCCGCCAGAACCAAUCAGCUUCACUGGCCACAGAAAGUUGGGUCAGAUUCACAUGCUUCAAAACGGCCUCCCAGAAAGACCUGCAAAACACAUAUAAGGUCAACAGUGAAGGUCAGGGCAUGACAAACGGCAAGGAAAGAUUGAGUCUGGUUUCGCAGAAGAUUAGCAUUCCCCAUUCUCAAAAGAGAAAGAGUUCCUCGUCCAGAGAAAAGAAAGUGACAAGAACCAUUAUGGCCAUUUUGGUGGCAUUCGCAACCACGUGGACCCCUUACAAUGUGAUGGUGCUCAUCAACACUUUCUGCUCGGACUGUAUCCCAAACACAGUGUGGAUCUUUGGCUACUGGCUCUGCUAUAUAAACAGCACGGUUAACCCGGCCUGCUAUGCACUGUGCAAUGUCACCUUUAAGAACACCUUCAAACAGCUGCUGAUGUGCAAGUACAGGAAUAUUCACGCCACCAGAAAACAGUAGAGUUGGCAAAAGAGUUGCUUACUAAAAAUAGUUGGAUUGAGAAU